AUGAUUGAGAAUUUAGACGGAUUUAUUUUCAAGAGGAGAAUGCAUAGAGCAGUGGAGCCUGAGAUAAAGACGGGAAUUGAGGUGAAUAGGAGGGAGUUGAGUGUGAUAAAGAAGGACACAGACGACAUAUUUAGCUUCAAGUUUGUGAAUGAGAAGAGAUGUAAGAGAGAGAAAUGUAAGGAAGAAGAGAUAGCAGAUAUACUGAGUGAUGGGGAGGGAUUUAGCGAGAGUGUGGUUAUUAAGGAAAGCAAGAAGAAAAUGGAUGCAGAUGAGAUACACAUGGAGCUGAGCAAUGGAGGAGGGCUUGAGGAAUUGGUUAAGAUGUGUGUAAGAUGGCUUGAGAGCAAGAAGAGAACAGCAUAUGGUAUGAGGAUAGAGCAGGCGAUGUCUGAGGGAUGUAUAAAGAGAAGGGAUGCAAAGAAAGAGAUUGCAGAAGCAAUUGAGAAGAUAGAAUGGGCAGUAGAGGAGGAGGCGAAAUGGAAAAGCAUUAAAGAGAAUACGAUGAGAACUAACAAGAUCAAAGUGGAGACGAGGGUGUAUGAGAGAAAGGAGAGUAGAUAUGAAAGAGGAAUUGCGAAGGUAAAUGAGGAAUUUGCAAGCAAGGUGGAGAGGCUUGUGUUUGUGAAGGAAUCUGCAAAAGUAUGGAUUGGGCGAAUGCGAGAGCAGAGUGAAGAGCUUCUUCGCAAGAUGUUUAGUGUGGUGCAUAAGGAGAAGGAAGCAGACACUGUAUUUCUGUUAAAAGCACGGUCGAAGGCAGAGAGGUGA